GUUGAAGCCCUAAUUGCAUUUGUGAAAAAUUUCUGUUCGGAAAAUAUUUUCAUACAUUUUGCUAUCGAUUUCUUGGAAUAGACACGAGUAACAUCUGACAUCAUUAAGUUUAUCUUAUUUUUCCUUCUGCAACGUGCAAUUUUUCGAUAAUCUGAUGCAAGUUUCGCAUCUAUGAGAUAAUUAUAAAGUUAGACGAGAAUUAUUAUUGAUUUAAAUUAUGCCAGCUGGGGAAAUGGCCAACCUAUCUUUAGGUGCUAUUUUUACUUCCGAGAGCAAUGGUUGUGAUGAGACCGGCAAUGGUUCCGAAGACAAGCCUUUCAAAACCAUUCUUCAAGCUAUGCGACAUGUUGGUAAAGAGCCCUUCCCGACAAUAUACGUAGAUAGCAAAGAUGCCGAUGCCAUAGAACGCUAUGAAGUGGCUGCCAAAUCACAACUGAAGAAAAUUCAAAAAAUUUUUGUGCGUGAAAGCUAUAAAAAUGUGGAUAGAGAAAAACGUGAAGCGGAAGAUGCGGAAAAACGUAUGCAAAAUUUGGAAGAAGCCAAAAAAGUAACCAUUGAAGAAGAUCCUACAUGGACAAAAGCUGAGAAAAUUCGCAUCUUUGAAGGUUUGGAUAAUCGUGGCAAACGUAUAAGAAUCUAUGGUUGGGUACAUCGUUUGAGAAGGCAAGGCAAAGGUUUAAUUUUCAUUACUCUCCGUGAUGGUACGGGGUUUUUGCAGUGUGUUCUAACUGAUCGAUUAUGUCAAACGUACGAUGCUUUGACUCUUACAACUGAGAGUUCUGUACAAUUGUUCGGUAUUCUGAAGCAAGUUCCAGAAGGUAAAUCGGCGCCUGGUGGGCAUGAAUUGCAUGUAGAUUAUUGGGAAUUAAUUGGUUUAGCUCCAGCUGGCGGGGCGGAGAGUAUUUUGAACGAAGAAGCUCAUCCAGAUGUGCAAUUAGAUAAUCGUCAUAUCAUGAUACGUGGUGAGAAUACAUCAAAAGUUUUGAAAAUGCGUUCUGUGGUUAUGCAAGCAUUCCGUGGCCAUUAUUUCGAUCGUGGAUAUUGCGAAGUAACGCCACCUACAUUGGUGCAAACCCAGGUUGAAGGCGGCUCUACACUAUUUAAGUUACAAUAUUUCAGUGAGGAAGCUUAUCUGACACAGAGCUCACAAUUAUAUCUGGAAACCUGUCUACCAGCUUUGGGUGAUGUCUUUUGUAUUGCUCAAAGUUAUCGAGCUGAACAAAGCCGUACUAGGCGACAUUUGGCUGAAUAUACCCACAUUGAAGCUGAAUGUCCAUUCAUAACAUUCGAUGAGUUAUUGGAUCGUUUGGAAGAUUUGGUAUGCGAUGUAGUUGACAGAGUUCUGAAAUCAACGUGGGGUGAUGCAGUUUAUGAAUUGAAUCCAGGCUUCCAGCCACCAAAAAAGCCAUUUAAACGUAUGAACUAUGCGGAUGCAAUAAAAUGGUUGAAAGAUAAUAAUGUCACUAAAGACGACGGAACAUUCUACGAGUUCGGUGAGGAUAUUCCGGAGGCACCUGAGCGUAAAAUGACCGACACUAUCAAUGAGCCCAUAAUGUUAUGUCGUUUUCCAAAAGAUAUCAAAUCAUUUUACAUGUCUUUAUGCCCUGAGGAUCCUCAACUAACCGAGAGUGUGGAUGUCUUAUUGCCUAAUGUGGGAGAAAUUGUUGGUGGAUCUAUGAGGAUUUACGAUAACGAAGAUCUCUUGAGGGGUUACAAACGUGAAGGAAUAGAUCCUAAACCUUAUUAUUGGUAUACAGACCAACGCGCUUAUGGCACACAGCCGCACGGUGGUUACGGUUUGGGAUUGGAGCGGCUUCUUUGUUGGCUGCUUAAUCGCUAUCACAUACGUGAAGUCUGUUUGUAUCCACGUUUCUUAGACCGAUGCCGACCAUAAUUUAAUUAUAGAAUCUCGUAUAGAAAAGAGGAGUUGUAAGCCUUGACUACUGUUACGCAAGACAUUCUUGUUGAGUAUCAUGCGUAAUAAAGGCAUCUUGUGCUAGAUAAAGUCUCAAUAUGUUAAA